AUGGACGCUUCUAAGGAUGUAUCGAUGGCUGCUGCGGCGCCGGUACAAGUCAACCACGAACAUGAGCGCGACGCCGCCAUGGCGAAGCGGGUGCUUCGCAAGAUUGACAGAAGGCUGAUGCCCUUGCUCUUUAUCACCUAUAUGUUCAACUUCAUGGACAAGACCAUCUUGUCGUCCGCUUCCGUCUUCCACCUACGCGAAGACACUGCAAGUGACAUGUCGAACCUCGUUGGCCAGCAGUACUCCUGGGUUGCCUCGGUCUUUUACUUCGGAUACUUUUUCUGGGAAUACCCUACAACACUCAUCAUCGCACGCAUCCCCGUAGCAAAGUAUCUUGUUGCCAACACUUUCUUCUGGGGCGUCGUCGUGGCUUUGACAGCCGCUUGCACCAACUAUGGCGGCCUUAUCACCGUUCGAUUCCUCUUGGGCGUGGCAGAAGCCACAAUCACACCUCUGUUCAUGUUCGUUACCUCGACCUGGUAUUUGAGAGACGAGAUCCCUACCCGAACUGGCAUCUGGUUUGCCGGGAACUCCGUUGGCGGCUUGGUAGCCAGCUUUGUCGCGUAUGGUGCCGGCCACAUUGAGUACCCGCUCAGGCCCUGGCAGUGGAUGUACAUCAUCCUUGGCGUGGCAACCUUUGUAUGGGCUAUACCGUUGCUCGUGUUCCUACCGGACAGCAUCAGCAAAGCCAAGUUCCUCACCGAAGAAGAACGAAAGUACGCAGCUGAUCGUGUUGUGAUCGCUGGCACGGGAAGAACUGAGAACACUACGUGGCGCAAGGAACAAGCGUUGGAAUGUCUCAUGGACCCAAAGACUUGGAUGAUCUUCAGCAUGAGCUUGCUGACUCAGAUUCCAAAUGGUGGCACACAGAACUUUGGAAACCUCGUUCUGAAGUCCUUUGGCUUUACGUCCCUCCAGUCCACACUUCUCGUCAUCCCCGCAUCCGUCAUAUCGGCUGCCACAAUCUCAGGCACGGGCUAUCUAGCCGGACGUUUUCGCCAAAUGAAUUGUAUCCUCAUUGUCUGUGUGGUCAUUCCUGCCGUGGUUGGCAGCUCCCUUAUCUAUGUACGACCGAAAACCUCGUCCGGUGUCCAACUAUUCGGCUAUUUCCUGUUAUCGACAGGGCCAGGAGGGAUCCCUCUACUCAUGUCCUUGGUUGGCGCCAACUACAAAGGCGUGACCAAGAAGAUGACCAUGACGGCCAUGAUGUUCAUCGCAUACUGCGCCGGCAACAUUGCCGGACCACAAUUCUUUCACGCUUCGGAGGCACCUCACUAUAACACCGCGUUCCGCGCAAUCCUGGUUUGCUACUCGCUCGUCGUCGGUCUGGCUGUGAUCCUGAGGUUCUAUCUUCAGUAUAUGAACCAUCGAAGGGAGAAGCUGGAGGGCGUCAAGGGCAGCUCCGGCGCCGGGGGCAUCGUCGCAGGUGGUAAAUUGGCAGACGUUGAUGAUGGACGAAACCUGGCAGAGCACGCUGGCGAGGUCGAGCUACAGGCUGAGGACUACGACGAUGUGACCGACUGGAAGACGUUUGGCUUCAGAUACCGACUCUGA